UGACGUGUCGUUUCAUUUCGGCAUUUUUAAAAAGACGAUGCUCCAUUGAGUGGACUUAAUUUUUAUGGAACUUUUUAAUUACCUUAGAUUAGAGAAUGCAUUAUUUAAAAGUAACGUUCUACUACCCAGGUGAUAGUUAAUAUCAUUUAAUUUCAGAAUGCUGCCAAAGAGUCAACUGAAAUGAUUUUAAGAUACAACUACAUAGUAGCAGUAUAUACUAUUUUGUAUUUAUGCACAUGUUAUGGUGACAAAAAAAUGCUUUCUCAAACAUACUGUGAAAAUAAAAACGCAAUGGGAAUAAAGCUCAAUUCAUUUCUUUGGUCUGUCGAAAGACCAUCUUUUCCAACAUCUUAUUUGUUUGGUACUAUACAUGCUCCUAAAGAUUUAGUUUGGAAAUAUAUUCCAAGUAACACAAAAGAUGCUUUUCAGGAAUCUACUAAUGUUUUUACAGAAGUUGAUUUACAUGAUGCUAACAUAAUACGUGAAAUUAGAAAAUGCAGACAUCUAACUGGAAAUUUAACUUUAAAAGAUGUCUUACCUCUUAAAUUGUUUACAAAACUUCGAGCAACUAUCAAAAGUUUUGAUGCAAAAAGAAAGCGAUGGAUAUCAAAGUUUUCUCGCUCAAUGUUUGAUGAGCUGUCAAACACAUUACCUUUAUAUAGUCAAUAUAAAAGGCUUAAGCCAAGUUGGUUAAUGGCAACAAUAUUACAACAAUGGAAUAAAUUUUAUGUUCGGUCUCAAUUCUCAGAUACUGUAACACUAGAUAGUUUUUUAAUUCAGGAAGCCAUUAAAAAACAAUCAUACAGUGGUGGGAUCGAACUGGUUUCAUCUCAUUGUGACCCACUAAAUAAUCUUAAGUCUGACCAUGUAAAUCUUGCACUUAACAUUACUCUUCAUGCUGAAGAGCAAAGAAUGCUGGGUAAAUAUUCAAACAAAGAAAAUGAUAUACGUUUCCUUGUGAACCUUUAUAGCUGUGGGAAUCCAUUAGAGACAGCUAAGUUAGGAUCUUUGUUUCAAACUUUUGUAGAUAAAAAUACAAAAAAACAGCUAGAUGAAGUUGAUAAGUAUUUGUUCAAAGAACUAGUAACAAAAAGAAAUUAUCAAAUGGCAGAUCAAAUGCACAAAUUAUUUUCAAGCAAAAUUCAUCAAACUUCAAAAAUGUUCUUUGCAAUUGGUGCAGCUCAUUUACUGGGAAAUAAGUCCAUUGUAGCAAUAUUACGCGGAAAAGGUUACACCGUUCGGCACGUCCGGUCAGACGAAGUUAUACCACCGACACAGCGUCGUAUGGAAAAAGAGGAAAAAAUUUUAAAAUCGUGGGAAAGCAAGUCCAAUAAAUCAAAUUUUGGUUUUUCUCAUUUUCCCGGUAAAUUUGAUGAUACCCAAAAAGCUCCACAAGUACUUAUUUUUAAAACUGAAGUGAAAAAAACAUACGUAUAUUAUUACAAGAGUGGAAGCAAAAAAAAUCAGACUGCAACAAAUUGUUUUAUAGUACCUUUAAUAUUGUCUAUCCACUUGCUUAUAUUCAAUUUAGUUACAAAAAUUGACUGAGCUAUAUAAAAUGCUGGCGUUUCCUGGCUAGAAUUCAAAAGUAAUCAGUGAAUCUAAACACAGAAGUCUCGUUUUCUGUGUAUAUGAUUUUUUAUUGUGUAUAUGAGUUUAUAUAAGUCUGUUCUGCAGCUGUUUUUCAAAACGCCUUAAGAUACUUAUUACGUAUUUCGAAAAAAACGCAAUUAAAAAAAAUUCUUAG